GAAGCAACACCACGCACCACGCAAUAUUUUGUCGGAUGUUCACCACGAUGAAACACUCUAUGGUGGCAGAUUAGGGCCUUCUGAGUUGCGAUGACGUAAAUCGCGUUGCAGUCAGGGUUGCAGUGCACCCCACCUUUCCGAUGGCGCAACAAGCCAUGUCGACUACUUGCUUCACUCUUCUCCGAACCUGCACCUUUCUCGAUUCUCUACCUACCCUUAUAGUCUACCCAAGGUCCUAAAAAGCAUACAAUCUGCACAACUACAGUUUUACUCCAAGCCUUACUUCCAGUUCCUACUACCAGCUAUUCUCCUACUCUCCACGCGGCUACAAAGCAUUGCAACAAUGGCAAAGUUGGAUCUCACAAUCCCGAAGCUAAAGCUCAACGAUGGUACCUCCAUUCCAAUGUUAGGCUAUGGAACGGGCACUGCCUGGUAUAAGACUGGCGAGGAGAGCAAGAUCGAUCAAGCCAUUAUCGACGCUGUGAAGACAGCGAUUAAGCUAGGUUAUACCCACCUAGACGGUGCAGAGAUGUACAAAACCGAGUCCGAGCUUGGAACAGCCAUCAAAGAGAGCGGCGUCCCACGGGAGACGUUGUUUGUGACUACGAAAGUGGAUAAGCCGAACAUCCACGACAUUCAGGGUGCGAUCAAGACGAGUCUGAAGAAAUUGCAGCUGGACUAUGUUGACUUGUAUCUCAUACAUCAACCGUGGUUCGGCUCAGAUGCCGACAUUCAAAAGGCCUGGGCGGACAUGGAGGCAGUACAGAAAUCCGGCCUCGCAAAGAGUAUCGGAGUCUCCAACUAUCUCCCCAGCCAUCUUACCGCACUUCUCAAAACCGCGAAAGUGGUUCCAUCUGUAAACCAAAUCGAAUUCCAUCCCUACCUACAACGCGUCGAGCUCCUGGACUUCCACAAACAGCAUGGUAUAGCUACCACAGCGUUCGCACCUCUCACUGCGGCUACCAAGGCAAAGCCUGGACCUUUGGAUGACUACGUGGGCCGACUGACGAAGAAGUAUGCAGUCAGUGAGAACGAGAUCUAUUUGAGAUGGUGUAUCGAUCAAGACAUUGUGCCCAUCACCACGAGCUCAAAAGAGCAAAGGCUGAGUGAUUAUCUGAGAGCGGCGACGUUCAAGUUGACUCCUGCGGAGAUUAAGGAGAUCAAUGAGAUUGGGCAGCAAAAACACUUUAGAGGCUUCUGGCAGAAGCUUUUCGACGAGAAGGAUCGGUCAUAGAUAAAGCCUUCGCAAGGCGAGAGGGGAACAUGCAUUGGAGGGUGAAGAGUAGGCAAUACGUCCGCAAAUCCCUGUGUCUCUUGAAGGAAUAAUGGAACCGCUCAGGCGGCUAUUCGAUGAUAAUACUGCAAUACUAUAUACAAUCAAAUUCAUAUGACCAUGCCAGUUUACUGUAUCAA